AUGCGGCUGGUCAUCAGCAAGAGUCCAGGGAGCUCAGGCUCUGAGCCGCUGGGAAGGGACGCAGCCGACAGCCCGAGGAGCUUGGAGCCAGCCUUCCGGGCUAAGCCCCUCUUGCUCAGGGACGCAGGCAUUCUGUGGCGGCCCAGGCCCCAAGCCUCUGAGCAUUCUGGGAGCAGGAUGAUGUCACAGAGGCCGGGGGUAUCUAGAACCGGGACUCCUUACCCCAGCGUCAUCUGCCAGCAAGGUCAGCUGGGGAGGUUUCCUCCCUUGACCAGCCUUCCAAGACACAAUGCCCUCGGCGCUGCCACCGGGGACUGCCUCUGCCUAGGCUGCCCGGCCUCCGCGCACAGGCACGGCGCCCCAGGGCGGCUCUGGAGAUGAGCGGAGGCCUCAGGUCCGCAGUCCCCGGCGGGACCUAGCGCACCGACAGCCGGCAGGGGGAGCUCGGCCAUGCGGCAGCGGUGGCCCGCGCCGGCCCCGCGGGUGGCCCAGGCCUUCCUGAUCCUCUGGACGCUGCUGGUGCCCUCGCGGGCCGUGGUGCGGGCAGUGCUGGAUGGCAACUCGAGCUCGGUGGACUUUGCGGGCAUGCCUGCCCUGUUCGGGGCGUCCCUGGCCCCCCAGGGCGUGCGGGGCUACCUGAUGGAGGCGAAGCCGGCCAACGCCUGCCACCCCAUCGAGGGCCCGCGGCCGGGCAACGGCUCCCUGGGCGCCAUCGUGCUGAUCCGCCGCUACGACUGCACGUUUGACCUCAAGGUGCUCCACGCCCAGCGGGCCGGGUUCGAGGCGGCCAUCGUGCACAACGUGCGCUCGGACGAGCUGCUGCGCAUGGCCCACGUGUACGAAGACCUGCGGCGCCAGAUUGUCAUCCCCUCGGUGUUCGUGGGCGAGGCCGCCUCGCAGGACCUGCGGGUCAUCUUGCGCUGUGACAAGUCGGCGCACGUCGCCCUGCUCCCGGACUACCCGCCCUGCCCUGACCUGGACUGCCACCCCGUGCUGGCCAUCUCCUGGCUGCUGGGCCGGGCGCUGGCCCUCAUGACCUCCUCCUUCUUCAUCCUGCGCCACCUCUGGCACUGGCUGUGGGCCUGGUGGACCCGGGGGCCGGCCACCAAGGUGCAGGCGGGCCAGAGGGCCCAGGUGCGCACCUUCACCCGGCGCAACGACCUGUGUGCCAUCUGCCUGGACGAGUACGAGGAGGGCGACCAGCUCAAGAUCCUGCCCUGCUCCCACACCUACCACUGCAGGUGCAUCGACCCCUGGUUCUCCCAGGCCGCCCGGCGCUCCUGCCCCGUGUGCAAGCAGUCGGUGGCCGCCACGGAGGAUGGCUCUGACGCCACGGUGGAAAGCUGCAGUGACGAGGACCCCUCCCUGCCCGGCCACCGGCCCCCCAUCUGGGCCAUCCAGGCCCGGCUGCGCUCCCGCAGGCUGGAGCUGCUCGCCAGAGCCAGCUCACACCACCGCUGCAGCGCCGCGUCCAUGGGGGCCGUGGAUGGGCCUUUGGAGAGGCCCCCCGAGCCCCUCUGA